AUGGCUCGUACACAAACACACCCAGAGUCCACGGUCAACAAGUCUGCCAUAUCUGGCUCUUUGCCACAUCGUUUCCCUCCCCUCACCCAUCCCCCUUUUUCGCUUUAUAAAACGGCCAAACCCCGUUCCACCGUAGCGCACACAAACACAAGAGUCCUCACUCAUUCUCUCCACCGAGGCCAAGGGAAGGGACGAACCGAACGGAACGGGGCGAUGGCCGCAGCGAACGGCGCCAAGGGGUUCGAGGUGCCGGAACUGGACAUCAAGUUCACCAAGCUCUUCAUCAAUGGCCAGUUCGUCGACGCAGCUUCCGGCAAGACGUUCGAGACACGGGACCCGCGCACCGGCGAGGUGAUCGCCAGGAUCGCCGAGGGAGACAAGGCCGACAUCGACCUCGCCGUGAAGGCCGCCCGCGAGGCCUUCGACAACGGCCCCUGGCCCAGAAUGCCCGGAUGUGCAAGGGCCCGGAUCAUGCACAAGUUCGCGGACCUGGUGGACCAGCACGUGGAGGAGCUGGCGGCGCUGGACACGGUGGACGCCGGCAAGCUAUUCAUGAUGGGUAAGAUGAUGGACAUCCCCGGAGGCGCCAACCUGCUCCGCUACUACGCCGGCGCCGCCGACAAGAUCCACGGCGAGACGCUCAAGAUGGCGCGCCCGCUCCACGGCUACACGCUCAAGGAGCCCGUCGGUGUCGUGGGCCACAUCGUCCCCUGGAACUACCCCACCACCAUGUUCUUCUUCAAGGUAAGCCCCGCGCUCGCCGCCGGGUGCACCAUGGUCGUCAAGCCCGCCGAGCAGACGCCCCUCUCCGCGCUCUUCUAUGCCUACCUCGCCAAGGAGGCCGGGGUCCCCGACGGCGUCCUCAACGUCGUGCCGGGAUUUGGACCGACGGCCGGCGCGGCCAUGGCCUCUCACAUGGACGUCGACAAGAUCAGCUUCACGGGAUCCACGGAGGUCGGGAGGCUGGUCAUGCAGGCGGCGGCCUUGAGCAACCUCAAGCCCGUCUCGCUGGAGCUGGGGGGCAAGUCCCCGGUCAUCGUGUUCGACGACGCCGACGUUGACAUGGCCGUCAACCUCGUCAACAUGGCCACCUACAUGAACAAGGGCGAGAUCUGCGUCGCUGGCACGCGCAUAUACGUGCAGGAAGGGAUCUACGACGCCUUUGUGAAGAAGUCGGUCGAGCUUGCCAAGAAAUCGGUGGUCGGAGAUCCUUUCAACCCCAACGUACAUCAAGGUCCUCAGGUUGACAAGGACCAAUACGAGAAGGUCCUCAAGUACAUCGAUGUUGGUAAGAGCGAAGGCGCCACCCUCCUCACCGGAGGGAAGCCCUGCAGCGACAAAGGUUACUACAUCGAGCCCACCAUUUUCACUGACGUGACGGAUGACAUGUCGAUUGCGCAAGAGGAAAUCUUCGGCCCGGUGAUGGCUCUCAUGAAAUUCAAGACGGUGGAGGAGGUGAUUCAGAAGGCGAACAGCACCCGGUAUGGCCUGGCCGCCGGCGUGGUGACCAAGAACAUCGACACCAUGAACACCGUGUCGCGGUCAGUCAGGUCCGGUGUCGUCUGGGUUAACUGCUACUUCGCCUUCGACCCCGACGCCCCAUUCGGCGGCUGCAAGAUGAGCGGCUUCGGCAAAGACAUGGGCACGGAUGCGCUCGAAAAGUACAUGCACACCAAGACAGUGGUCACUCCACUCUACAACACACCCUGGCUGUGA